AUGGCUUCCAGCAACGAAGUGCACGGCAGGUAAUUUACAGUCUUUGGAAACAAACUUGGGGAUAGAUAAGACACUUGUUAGAAUUUGAUAAACGGUACGCGAUCUAGCUCACGAAACUUUGCGACGGAACCCGGUAUGAAAAUUGUCGGACGCCUUAAACUUUGCGCAUUUUGCAUGCUCGUCUAGCUCCUCCACUUAAACACGUUUCCUCGUACAGAAACUAUCUACGCAAAUUUAUUAAGCAAAAUGUUCAUAAAUUUGAGCGAACAUGGACUAUGUGGUAUAUUUGAGCAAUUUUAUGCACUAAUAUUGCGUAUUUGAGCAUAUGUUUUUUUCAAGGGAGAACAAGGUUCCCUCGAGAGUUUUAACAAACAGAGCCUGUCGCACUUGGAAGUGGAUUUUUUGGUCUGAUGUUAAUUGUAGGAAUCAGUUUGCUGACGCAGGUUAUUUUCGAGUAACCACGAGCGUUAUACAUUUUCAAAAAUCACUACGUCACUAAAUACGAAAUGAUCAGGACAAGACAGUCACAUGGAGCUUAAGAAUACCGAGAAAACAUGGCCUGUCGACUGAUUCAUCCCAAAGGGAGACAAAAAAGAGUAAAAAUGUAAAGUGCACAGACAUUAGCCAGUGGAAUGCAGUGGCUAAGUACUCCUUAAAAAGGCAACUUACUGAAAAAAUUUUUAUAACUGGUCGACGACACAUUCGCUGUUGACUUUUGUUGCGGGCGUUCAUUUUUCUUCGAGGAUGAGAUUUCACGCUAGGUGAGUCCUUAAAUGUGACUCAAACAACCAUUUACAUGAAAAAUAACACCCUACCAUCCGCUCCUGCGUUCACCGUCCUCAUGAGGUGUACUAACCUGAAGAUUUUAAUGAAUGCAUAGAACAAAAUCUGUCUUUAUGGACAGGCAUUUGAAAACACUGAAAUUCCUGAAGUAUCCAGCGAUGUUUCAAAACCAAUACGGAUUUCAGCGUGAGGCUAAUUAAAGGUUAAGUGCAAUUUUACUUAGUGAAAGAAAAGUUUUCUUUAUAUACACAAAAUAAUAUGCGCACAAAUACAUAUGUCAAAUAUUCAUAAAUUUAUUAGCAACGUUUGGCCUGGUAACCUGUGAUAUUAUAAAACUUUCUUUCCUAUGUGCAUUUGUCUGCAAAAUCAAACAAGGUCCUGUUUGCCUUAUUGUAACGCAUCUCAACCAAUAAAAUCGCAGUAUAGACGACGAAUUCUUAGGAAAUCGUUUUGGAAUCUAUACUCAGAAUGUGGGCUGUUAGCAAACCGGCAUACCUGGCAUUACACUAAUUUUGAAGGGAUAUUUAGAUGCGAACUUAUCUAAAAGACUACUGUCGAGCACUUUUUUAUUCGUGCUGCCGCAUUUUCUUAGUCGCUGACAUAGAUAGACUUUCUGAGUGUCAAAACCUGAUGUUUACUAAACUGCGACCAUUUCUGACCUUCCCGGAACUUUCAACUUCUCUGGAAAGUGGGCAUUUCUACACUACGUAAUAUUAUUUUUAGUAUAUAUUGUAUGUUUUUAAAUACCUUUUCAAGUGGCUUUAUGCAUUUUACCGCUUUGUGGGUGAUUAUGAAUCAUUCGUCCGUUAGGUCACAUACUGUAUUUAAUGCAGUCCCUCAUUUUAUCUGCUCCUAUUCGCUGUUUUCAUUAAACGCGUCACAGUGUAUGGCUACUUCAAAACCCAAAUGAAGUAUCACUCUCGCGACUACACUUAUACAACCAUUUUGAAGCAAACGCCUAUAGGGGUACCCUUUACACUAAGAGCACAGUAAGGCUUUAGACAAAAAAGCUGCUGGAUAACUAGCACUUUAAGGAAUCUGCGAUAAAUCUCUUCUUUUCUGUGCAAGCUACAAAUUAUCUUAGUAGGUCGAGAGCUUCCUCCAGGGCGUGCGUGGCGACCUGAGACAACGGGUCGCCUCUCCGGACCGUCCGCUUAUGCUCCGUUAUUCGUGAGCCAAGUCGCCGUCAGGUCCGUUUUGUGUGGUGGCGAGGGCAGUCCCGACAUGGGAUCUGAUAAAAGACACCCGACAGUUUUCCCACGCCUAGCCGACACCUCAUUCGCAUGAUUUGGUUGCGCAUGGCUGCUGUUUGACGGUGAGCGAUACUCACACCGAGCUCUCCAGCGAUACGUUCCCUCGCUUCGGACCCGUUCUUUAUAUAUGGUAGAGGGUGCCAGAGUAUUGGCGGCUCUCCUCCGUUUGUCCUCGUACUCGUCCCUCUGGCUCACUGCAAUGCGUUUAUACCCUUUGGAAGCGUGUCCUAACACAGCUGCGUUUAUGCGCCAUUGGGUGGUUACUAUGGUAAUUGAGAAUCUGAGUCGCGUUAGUCGCCUUUCUGCACACCGUGGCGUUGAGCUCGCCGUUGGGUGUGCGUGUGACGAGAACGUCAGGGAAAGACAGCUGUACGGCAUGCUAUUCUUCCUUUGUUAACUGAAUGCCCAGGAAGAUGCCGUUAAGCAGGUCUUGAUAGAUGACCAGUCUGCUCUUUUCAAUUAUAACAAACGUGUUUUCCACGUACCGGCGCCAAAAUGCAGGUUCAUAGUGGUCGAAGGCCACGUUUUCCAACUCCUGCAGGACUACAUAUUUCUGCAAUCAGGCUGGAUAUUGGCGCUCCUUUGAUCUGCUGGUAUGUUCUGCCAUUGAAGGUGAAAAGGGUUUGUUGGCAGAAAGCAAACAGUUACAGUAAGUGGUCGAUUUCUAGGGACCUGUUCGUUUCGUCUUAGUGCUCUUCGAGUCGUUUGUGAAGAACGUCGCGUGCCAGGUCCGGUGGGAUGGAUGUGAAUAAUGAAACCAUGUCAAAGGACACGAUAAUCUAAUCCGGUCAGACAGCUUUUCCUCGAAUGUCGGCCAGGAAUUAGGAGGCCGAAUUGAUGGAGGUCCUCGAGCCUUCUCGGAGAAAGUUAAGUUUUCGGGCCAUCCACUUGGAUAGAUUGUAAGUGGGGCUGUCUUUCAUGGUAACGUUCGGUCGAAGGGGAACAUUGGCUUGUGAAUUUUGGGUAAUCCAUAAAACUGGACUAGUACCGUGCCCGUUGGUUUCAUCUGUCGCCAUUCGUCUAGCGAUAUCGCACUGUUGCGUUUGAGUCGGUUCAGGAGCCCGGUUAUUUGACCAAUCAUCGAUUUGACUCGCGAGGAAGGCGUGGAUUUGUAAGACUGUUGGUCGUUGAGAAUAGCAACAGAUGAAACCACCUUCCGAUGUGAGAGAAGGCCAGCUGGAUGAACCCUCGGUCGGGACCUGUGCACCUACUGGGCUAUGUCCUCGUCCAGAGGUGGGAUCAGCGGGACGUGCUUGUGACAAAUACGAUUCCGGGUGACAGCGGGUACACUGACAAUCGUCUCGUCAUCUCCAAGAUGCGGAUUCGCCUAUAGCCUCGUAGGAGGCUUCAAGGAGAGCGACCCCCAGGUAAGCUGAAUAUUGCUUUAUUGUAUUUGCCUGCUCACCAUAUCCAUUUCAGCGAUGAAUUAGCUCAACGGUUAGCCUACCUUCUAGUCGCUGCUGCCGCUUCCACCACUGACGAGAACGCUUCUGUGGAGAGCCUAUGGCGUGGACUUAGGGACACAGUCCAGUCGACGGCUCUGACCAUCCUCGGUCGCGCACACCGACAACACCAGGGCUGGUUUGAUGGCAACGACGCCGCCAUCAGCAACCUGCUCGCCGAGAUGAACCGUCGGCAAAAAAGCCUACGUCGACCGACCGACUAA